AUGAAGUUCUCCGCCGCCGUCUUCACUUUCCUCGCCGCCACCGGCGUCUCUGCUGCUCCCGCCGCCGAGACCGUCAACAUGAUGGCCUCAUCCCCCCAGUGGACCAUCCGCGACGCCAAGCGCUACUGCCGCUCCGACGAUUCCAUCUGCAACUGGAAGUUCGGCAUCGACACCGGCAACGGCAAGCCCUUCGAGUGCCGCUACGACGUCAAGGGCCCCGGCGCCUCCAAGAAGGCGGCCGGUGGUCCCUCCACCUGCGGUGACUUCACCAUCACCUCUGGCUGGAGCGGCCAGUUCGGCGCCGACCAGGGCUUCACCACCCUCUCGGUCGUUUCCAACUCCAAGCGCCAGAUCAUCUGGCCUGCUUACACCGACAAGCAGCUCGCUGGUGCCAAGAUUGUCAAGCCCGAUCAGUCUUACGCUCCUGCCACUCUCCCCAAAUAG